AUGAUGGCGCCUAUCCUCCAUGGCAACCCGAAGUUCAAGCCUCACACCUGGGGUAAGGGGAGCAUCUACGUGCCUCCGGAAGCGCUGGACUACCUUGACGUGUGUAAGCGGGCCCAGCUGAAGGCCAUCCUGUCUCAGGUGAACCCCAACCUUACCCCUCGUCUCCGGAAGGCCAACACCAAGGAGUUCGGGGUUCAGGUCAACGCCCAGGUCGACGCGAUGGUCCAGUGUUCCCUAGGACCCAAGACGCUGUUUUACCGGGAGAGGAAAUUUUCGAAGUCGCCUGUGAAGUGCCAACAGAGUCCCUCAGCGGUGUCUUCUCUGGACGGGAAAGCGUUGCCGAGCACUCCGGUAAACAACGUGCGCUUCUCGCGACCCCUCGCUAUCUACUCUCCGGUGUUUGAUCGCCGGUUCUUCGCGCUGCCGGUGACAACACAGGAUGACAGCGCGUGCUGUGAGGGAGGAGAGGGGGACGGUAACGGGGGUAGUGACGAGGAUGGCGAGGCCGACGCUACCGAGCAGAACACCACGGAGGACAAGGGUAAACCGGAAAACCCGCGUGCGGAUGUCAGGAAACCCCUCCACCAGAUGCCCAAAGGGUUCAACUUUCAGGUCAGUCAUUCCCGGGUUUUAUACAAGGGGAGAAUAAGAAUUUUAGAAUCGAUUCUGUAGAGUUCUUGAACAUGAAUUGAGGAAUACCUUAUUUCGUACUGUGUAGUUCUAUCUACAAUGUGUCCAAUUUGUCACCAAUAUGCCCUUUUAUGCACAAGCCUACUUGAAGUGCCAGUCAUCCUGCAUAGGAUGUUGCAUGUUUUGGAGAUUUCGAUUUAAUUGAUUAACUUUCCCCCGCUGUAGUUUCUGGAGCAGAAGUAUGGCUUCUUUCACUGCAGCCAGUGUAACGUCCGGUGGGAGAGUGCCUAUGUGUGGUGCAUCUCUGGAAGUAGUAAGGUAACGCUGACAACCACUGCAUCUCUGCCAAAUGAGAAAUAUUAGUUUUAAGAUUAUGGUCAGUAGGCCUUCAUGAGCGCUGCUUCCAUCCUUUCGUUCUUUACCCAUCUGACAAGCCUGAGUUGACAGUAACACUGUCCACUGCCUAUUUCUGGCUGUCAUUUCUUCAAAUACUUUCUAAGUUUGAUGAAUGACAUGUUUUUAUCCUCCCCUUCACGUGGUUGUCACCCCUCUGAUCUCAGGUGUACUUCAAGCAGCUCUGCCGUAAGUGCCAGGUGGGGUUCAACCCCUACAGAGUGGAGUCUAUCCAGUGCAAGGUGAUGUCAUGCGCUAAAACAAUUAAACUUUCAAGAUGUCAUGUCUUUUUUUACUUUCAUUGUCUUGUUUUAUGGAUACAGGACCUACAGGUGAACUGACAUGUCUACCCCUCCCCCCUCUUCACCAGCAGAGGUCAAUAUUGCUCUAAUGAUAUCCUCCCUGGUCUCCUGUGCCCCUCAGGUGUGUUCCCAGACCCGGUGCUGCUGUGAGCAGAAGGAGAGGCACAUUGACAUGAAGAGGCCUCAUAGACAGGACCUGUGUGGCCGUUGCCGGGGAAAGAGGAUUUCCUGUGACACUACCUACAGCUACAAAUACAUUGUCUGAACUGAACCAUCCCUGCUACAGGCCUAAGCACAGAUCUAGGAUCAGAUUUAGCCCAUUGCUAACUGUCCUUAACUUUUUGGUGGAUGUAUCUGAACUUGGAUCAGUGGUUAGAGGAAGAUGGCUGUAAACCAGUUUUCUAAUCCUGGACCUAAAGGGGUGCACCUAUUUGCCUUUGCUCUAACACCUGACUGCACCCCUUUGGGUCCCCAGGAUUGUGAAACGUUGCUGUAA